UCAUCCAUCCGGUUCACCCCGCGAACCCAUCCAAAAACUCUCUGAUAUAAAAAGUCCGUUUUUGGGAAAUUAUUAGUUAGAUAAGCUAGACACAACGGGCCGAAAACAGUGAUCCAUUGAACAUCCGCUGAAAGGGGUAUCUUACGAAGAUGAAGCAAAUCAUUUGUGUGCUGGUUGUUGGUUUGGUCUGUGCUGUGUUUGCCGAAAGUGACCAGGAAGCCACCGUGGUAAAGCACGAUGCUGAAGUGAAUGUUGAUGGAUCCUAUCAAUUUGCGUACGAAACCUCCAAUGGAAUCCAACAUGAAGAACAGGGUCAAUUGAAAAAGCUCGGAGAAGAAGAACAGGCUGUGGUUGCUGAAGGUCGCUUCUCUUACACCGAUCCUGAAGGAAACAAAAUCUCGGUGCAGUACGUAGCUGACGAGAAUGGAUUCCAACCCCAGGGAGAUCAUCUGCCAACUCCUCCACCAAUCCCGGAGGCGAUCGAAAGGGCCCUACGACUGUUGGCUGAAAAGUCGCAGAAGAAGUAAAUGCUCCAGUCCAGAAGAGUCUAAUGUAGCCUAACCAAAUUUGUGUUCAGAACACCUAGUCCAUAGUAUCGAAAAAUAUCCGCUUAUGAACAUUUACCGAAUAAACAGAACAUUCCUACAAUCGA